CAGCGGACGCGCUUUGCAGCUAAUCAAAUUAAAUACAACAUUUAUUAUUUUCAACAAAAUUUCGUCUAUCGCAAGCUUUGAGUAAACAAAAACGAAGAUGCAGCUGCAAUCGAGCUCUUUACUCUGGUACGGACUAUUGGCCGUAUGUGGACUGGGCGCCGAUGCAUAUCGUAUACUGUUUAUGGGGCCCUUUCCGGCGCCUAGUCACUGGAUGUGGCUGGAGCAUUUCCAGCGCGACCUGCUUCAACGUGGACAUCAGGUGACCAGUCUCAAUAAUCAUCCCACAAAGACGCCGCAUGAGAAUCUGACUGAGAUAAUACUCAAUCCCAUCUUCGACAUACCCAAGCACUUUCCCAAGAAGAACAUCUUCAGCAUGCGCUUCGCCAGCGAUUUUCAGAAUCUGCAAUUGUGGUGGCAAAUUGGGCAGAUGACCACGGAGCAUGCGCUGCAGGAUGCGCAGGUGAGGCGACUGAUCGAUAGCCAAGACGAGCACUACGAUGUGGUCAUAUUGGAGCAGUUCUUUCACGAGGCAUUCCUCAUGUUUGGCCACAAGUUCAAGUGUCCGGUGAUCACCAUUGGCACCAUGGGCUACGCGGACAAUAUGGACCAUGCCAUGGGCAUACUGACGCCCUGGUCGGUCAUACCCCACCUGCUGCUGCCGCAUACGGAUCAGAUGACAUUCGUGCAACGUGCCUACAACACGUACUUGUCCCUGUACGAUGCAGUCAUGAGGCGUUGGUACUACUUGCCACGCAUGCAGCAGCUGGUGGAAAAGUAUUUUGGAGCAGCCAUCAAAGGUGAACUGCCCCAUGUGCAUGACUUGGAGCGCAACAUCUCGCUGAUGCUCAUCAACAGCCAUCGCAGCAUCGAUCUGCCACGCCCCAGCAUGCCGGGUCUUGUCAAUGUGGGCGGCGCGCAUAUAAAGCCCGCCAAGAAGCUGCCAACCGAAAUGCAAAGCUUUAUGGACAAUGCCACACAUGGCGUGGUCUACUUCAGUCUGGGCUCGUAUAUGAAAAGCACGGAUAUGCCGCCGGAGAAGACGGCCCAGUUGCUGCAGGCCUUUGGCAAGCUCAAGCAGCAGGUGCUGUGGAAAUAUGAGAACGCCUCGAUUGGCCAGUUGCCUGAGAAUGUGAUGAUACGCAAGUGGAUGCCACAGAAUGAUAUUUUGGCCCAUCCGAAUGUCAAGGUUUUCAUCACACACGGUGGCAUCUUUGGCACCCAGGAGGGUAUCUAUUGGGGCGUGCCCAUGCUGUGCAUUCCACUGUAUGGGGAUCAGCACAGGAAUACCAUAAAAUCCGUGCGUGAGGGCUAUGCCCGUAGCCUGGUCUUCUCCCAGUUGACAGUCGACGACCUGGUGCAUAAUAUUGAGGCUCUGAUCUAUGAGCCGCAGUACAAGCGCAGCGCCUUGGAGGUCUCACAGCGUUUCCGUGAUAAUCCAAUACAUCCGCUGGAGGAGGCCAGCUACUGGAUUGAGUACAUCAUUCGGCAUCGUGGCGCGCGUCAUUUGAAAUCACAGGGUGCCUUCAUGCCGCUCUAUCAGUAUCUGCUGCUCGAUGUGAUUGGCUCUGUGCUGAUCGCCCUGUGGCUAACCAUCUGGCUGCCCUGGCGCCUGCUCCGCAAGCUGAACAAAUGGUGGGCAGCGUCAGCAGCGACUGCCCAGGCGCAGCAGAUCAAAAAAGGUUUGUGAGUAGUUAAAUGUUGUAGUUAAAUCUGUGUGUGUUACAGUCACAAGCAAUAAAUGGUGAUA